UGGGCCCAGAAAGCUGUUGCAUUGUGGGACAUCUUUCCUUUCUCUCUGCGGCCAUUUUCGGGUAUCGUCUGUGGUGGGCUGGACCGCACUGAACUGCGAAAAUGGUGGCCGCCAAGAAAACGAAAAAGUCACUCGAGUCUAUAAAUUCAAGGUUACAACUUGUUAUGAAGAGUGGUAAAUAUGUCUUGGGCUAUAAGCAGACCCUCAAGAUGAUCCGACAAGGCAAGGCAAAGCUGGUCAUAUUGGCAAACAACUGCCCUGCUUUGAGGAAAUCUGAAAUUGAGUACUAUGCUAUGUUGGCCAAGACUGGUGUGCAUCAUUACAGUGGAAACAACAUUGAACUGGGUACAGCCUGUGGUAAAUACUACAGGGUAUGCACUCUAGCUAUCAUUGAUCCUGGUGACUCUGACAUCAUCAGAAGCAUGCCAGAACAGACUGGUGAAAAAUAAAUCUGAACUUUCUUGUCUUGUUAUAAAUAAAAUUGAUUUAAAAAAAAAAAAA